CGCCCGCCCAACUCGUUCAUGUGCUUCCGCUCGGACCGCUUCAGGCACUACCAGCGCUCUGCAAAGGACGCGGCGCCGCUCCUCCAGACGGAGCUCUCGAAGCGCGUCGCGAAGGAGUGGAACGACCUCGACUCGGAGAGGCGCGCGCACUAUGAGGGGGUGGCGGCGGAGAAGAAGGCCGAGCACAUGAGGAUGUAUCCGGGGUACAAGUACCAGCCGAGGAGG